CAUGUAUGCUAUCUUCAGGGCCAGGAGGACACAAGAUCAACCUGACCAAAGUGCUGCCAGUACUCACACAGCUGUUCAAUACUCCCAGAUUACCGGUAGUAGACUCGAUUCCAAAGGACAAGUGACGUCAACGUUACUGCAGAACUCUCCCCGAAAGAGUACUGAUGUAACUAUCACCAUAGACUUGCCUACAGAUGAGGAUGGUCCCAGACCUGAUGGAGUGAAAGAAGGAGGAGCAGCAGGACAUGGAGAAUCUUGUAUCAGUGGAAGCAAUGAUUGCUUUCAUUCUAGUUUGAGUAGCUCCCAUAGCCUUAAGUCAAAUGAGGAGGCUGAAAGAAUCAGGGUGUGUGGUAGAAUUUCAAGCAGUGAGAGUUACCAUUCAGACUUGAGUGGCCCUCAAAGCCUUCACUCAAAUGAUGAACCUCAGAAAAGGUAAAUGCAUAUUUUCUAUCAUACUCCAACAAAUAUCUUGGCCCAAAUUCACAAUGGUGGUUUUGAAAACCAUUGGUUGAACUCAUGGUUUAUGCAGAUUUCCGGUAUAAUUUAUGCUUAAAUACAGCGUAUAUUUAAAAAAGUUAUAUGAUGAUGCACGCUUUUGUAACAUGGUUGAGUAUAUUAUUCAUUAAUGAGUCUACUGAUUUGAACAGU